AUGACGAUUUUAGCAAAAAUUCUCACUGUAGUUCUCCUCCACUUCUUCCUCUUCGUUGCACCAUCUACAGCCGAAAUCAUAUCUCUGAAUCUUCGAUCCAAUAACCGACAUAAGAUCCUCAUCUCGGAGUUCAAGUUCUCAAAUGACGGUUACAUUUCCUUCGUGAUCUCCUCCGUGACUGCAACCUCCACCUCAUCACGACCUGAUACUUCACGUUUUGGUUUCAUCCUUCAAUCUCCUAAAGUGAGAAACCGCUUCGAAUUCCAACAAAACACUAUUUGCCCAUUGGAUUUCAAACUAAACACACUCCUCUUUACUUUCCAAGAUCUUUCCCAUGAUCCUCAGACUUCCUUCAACAAAACGUACACUAUUACAAAUCCUGGUAUGAACUCACUCUUCUUUGUCAACUGCAACUAUGAAUCCGUCGUAACCAUGGAUGGUCGCGUAGCGCUCUACAACACCAAUGACGGGACUACCAAAACUAUUUAUCCGGAGAGCUAA